AGUUUUGCCACAAUCUUAUAAUAAAGUCGAUCUCUGAGCUUCUACAUUUACAUAGCCCCACCAUGACCACAUACAAGCAACAGAUCAGUCCUGCGUUUGGUGGUGGAGAUGCGGUGGAUAUCUGCCUCACGCUCCCAGAGGGCGCCGCGACGCGGGUCCCCAUCACGCUUUUCGUAAGUCCCAACGGGGUCAACGAGGCGUUUGGGCCAUACAUCUACGCCAUACCUGAUCCACGGACUGGGUCCAUUUACCACACCGUGCUCAACGGGAGCGAUGAUAUGGACCAGAUGGAGUUGACGAAACGGUUGGCGACAAUCAUCUCCAAGAAGUACCGGGUUCCGAGCUAUGUAAGUAUCAGCGGGAAGAUAGAUGUCUAUGACUCCAUCCACUAUAUUAAGGCUAUUGUGGAUUUGAUUGACGAGAAGCGGUCGGUGUAGAGAAGUGGUAGACGGUUAAUAGGGCAUUUUCGCCUUGGUUAGUAAAUAGUGAUAAGAAUGACUAAUGAAAAGUGUGCCAGAAAGGAUAACCGGUCUGGAAAAAGGAUUUUGGCCUAUGACAUGGAGUGUAGAGAGGGGAUUUGGUUGGAUUAAUCCCGGAAAAGAGGUUAAGGAUAGCCCAAAGAAAUGUACCCGAGGUAAUCGUAGUAACCCCG